CAUCAACAAACCAUGCCUGCCUGCCUGAAGGAAGAAUACUGGGAUAGACUCUUGUAUAAAUGCAUGCCUUGCACACUGGUGUGUCAGACAUCGAAGUUUCAGAGUUGUACUGAGGUCUGCAGGUCAAUUGAGUGCAGCAAGCGUGAGGGUUUCUACUACGACAAUCUCAUCAGAAAGUGCAUGAACUGCACCACCAUCUGUGGACAGCACCCCUGGGAAUGCCAGCCCUUCUGCCGAAGUGACCCUGCAACCUUAUCUGCACCGGCUGCUCUAGCAUGGAAGCUGGACAAUGCACACGACCAGCGGCUGGUGGUCUACCUGGUGUUGGGACUUUGCCUCUGCACGCUGCUCUUCUCCUUGCUGUUAACCUGGGUUUAUUUUAGAAAACAGGGGGAAGAAGUGACCUGCCGUGCCGGCACCAUCCACUGUCACAAAAAAGGGGAUAUCCCCAAAGAAUGCCUAAUGGAAGCUGGAAGUAUGGGAAGUGGAUCCAGUGGCAGCCAGACCCCAGAUCCUGUCGAGACCUGUGGCUUCUGCUUUCCUGAGCAAAGCCUCGCCGUUCAGGAGUCCAGAGCAUGUCACAGAACUUACCAGCUUGGAGCCAGGGAGGAUGCUGUUGCUGCUGGAGUUCCCUGUCCAGGGGGAACCAUCCCUACCCCUGAGGAUGGACACUUCCAGAUUAUAUGCUCUCCCUCGCAAGAGAAGAUGCAGAUGACUUGA